ACACACACACACACACACACACACACACACACGGAUGAGUCGGGAGAUGAUCCGCUCCUAGACCAUGGCGCCGUCGGGCUCGCGGAGCAUCAGGCGCGGCUGUAAGAGAGUUCUGUACUGGAUCCCGGUGCUGUUCAUCGCCCUCAUAGUGGCCUGGUCCUACUACGCCUAUGUCCUGCAGCUCUGCAUCGAAUCCAUUGAAGACACGGGGGAGAAGGUGGUGUACCUGCUGGUGUACCAUGUCGUCUUCGUCCUGUUCGUGUGGGCGUACUGGCAGACCAUCUUCACCAGGCCCCUCAACCCCCUGAAGGAGUUUCACCUGUCCCACUCCGACAAGGAGCUGCUGGAGCGUGAAGACCGGGGGGAGUCCCAGCAGGAGAUCCUGAGGAGGAUAGCCCGGGACCUGCCCAUCUACACCCGCACCAACUCCGGAGCAAUCCGUUUCUGUGACCGCUGCCAGCUGCUGAAGCCUGAUCGAUGUCACCAUUGUUCGGUCUGCGAUAAAUGCAUCCUGAAGAUGGAUCACCACUGCCCCUGGGUGAACAACUGUGUGGGAUUCUCCAACUACAAGUACUUCAUGCUGUUCCUGGCGUACUCGCUGCUUUACUGCCUUUUUAUAACCGCUACAGAUCUUCAGUACUUCAUUAAGUUUUGGACAGCUGGAGGUAAAGCACACUUCCGUCUGAAAGAAUACCUGAAAGGCCUCCCGGACACCCAGGCCAAGUUCCACAUCCUCUUCCUCUUCUUCUCGGCCUCCAUGUUCUCCGUCAGCCUGGCUUCGCUCUUCAUCUACCACUGCUGGCUCGUCUGCAAGAACAGGUCCACCCUGGAGGCCGUGCGCGCUCCGGUGUUUCGCCACGGCACAGACAAGAACGGCUUCAGUUUGGGCUUCAGCAAGAACUUCCGCCAGGUGUUUGGCGACGAGGUGAAAUUCUGGCCCGUUCCUAUUUUCUCCAGUUUAGGUGACGGCUGCUCGUUCCCCACCUGCCUGGUGAAUCUGGACCCGGAGCUGCCUUCGUCGCCCACAGGCUCCAACCCUGCCAGCAAGGCUGCAACAGAGGGCCGUCAGUUCCCCUCCAAACCUCUUCGAGAGAGCCAGAGUCGUCUGCUCACCAGCACCCCCUCCUGGUCAGAGAGUGACGGUGCGACAGACAAGGACAAGAAGGGUGCCAGUAACCCGGCCAUCACCAUAGAAAACGAAGCCUGAACCGAAUUUCAAGCCGAAACCAGAAAAAGUGUGUGCUGCUCCCUCCUCGGCGUCGGUGCCGAUCGGAACAUGGCCUGAUGGGGAAAACGGGACUGAUAAAUCACAGCGAGCCACUGCGGCCUGGACGGAGUGGAUCCAAAGUAAAACUGCAUUCCAGAGAUCUGAUUUUCUUUUGAAAAAAGCACAGAGCAGCAGCAGAGGGGCAGCCGCCGUUUUGCACUUUGAAUCAGCCGGAGCUGCUUCUCUAAGUCACAGUUCAGCCUCCCAACUGUCUGCAAGUGUGUCUGUCUCCUCUUCAGUUUCCCUGCGAGGCACACGAUGCGCCAACGCUGUUAGAAGUUUUGCCAAACGUUUGCACACAGAGAGUAGAUUAGUCGUGGUGUUGAUGUGCUGUAAACCACAUUCCCUUGUUUCCCUGUC